ACAGUCAGUGGAUCUGACUAAAGUAUCGUUUGUUCUGAGGUCGUUACUUUACACUUUCACUAUAUCCACUGCUGCUUGUCUCCUUAUCUUUUCUAACAUGAGAAAUAUUUUCUCAUCACAUACAAGGCAUUACAAUUUAUGGGGAAGCUAACCCGUAGGGAACUAUAAUCCAAGUGUUUCAUUUCAGUUUUGGCACUGGUUCAGAGAGCCAAUUUCAUUAACUAUUAUUAUAUUACACUUUUAUGAAUAGCUCAUAGUGCAGUACAAAUCCCUACAGUUUAUCCUUACACUAUUAUUUUGUUGUUUGCGUUCUUUUGGGUUCCUCACAGCUCUGAUAAAUAACAGAGGAUGUAAAGGACCAUAUUAUAGUGAUGUAGCUCAGACUCUCCAUCUCAGACAAAGGCUUUCCAGGUGUUUCUGGGCUGUAGGUCAACACAGGCAGUCAGUGGCUUGACAGCUGGAAUGCCACUCAGCCCAGGAAUGCGCUGGUCAUUACACACUGCUCAUGGUUCACCUCUUUCACCUGAAACAUGACUGGACUGAUUGUAGGGUCUGCUGAAGAAAGCCUUUGUGAGACCUUCAUGGACUGGUGGAUUGUACCCACUCACCUGCAACUACAGGCUGGGUGCAUAGACCUCAGCAUUUUUCUGCCCAGUAGCUUUGUAUGUGAUGCUGCUCUAGUGUGAUAAAGAAAUCAUACAAUUGAUAUCCUCCGAAGGUCUGUUUGAAAAAUUCCUCAUUUGUGUUUAGUACAGGUGGGGUAUAAAACCAAGCUGUAAACAUGUGACUUUUACUCACACUGAUUUAUUUAAAAUCUGAAUUUCGGCAUAAUGGUAACAAAACCAACAGAAAUGGGAAGAGUUUGUAAUAUUUGACCAAGAAAAUAAUGUGUUUAACAUACCUUUCAGUGAAAUUCUUGUCUGGGUUGUAUGGCUGAUUGGUUUCCUCACAAUAGAUCACUGUGAAUUGUAUUGCCUCCUAUCAGCUUUAGGUUGCAACCAUUCUUUGCUAAUCUUCUUGCCCGUCACCAGACCUCUUACUGUUAUGCCAGGAAGCAAGUUUUAAUAAGAAAAACCUGUGGGUCAGUCAAGGAAAACGAAUUCCCUGUUUAUGCCAAUUAGCAUAGUCACAAUAUAAAAGCAGCAGGUGAGAGAAGUAUUAACUAUUAACAUUUUUAACAAGCAGUUGCAUAGUUACAGUGGCAAAAACACAUCUGUUCUGGUUACUUUGAUCCCCAAACCAAAUCAGAUAAAGACUUUGCUUUAUGUGCUGUAAAGUGUUUUCCAUAGCGUUGUUAUUUGGUGCAGUGUAAAGUUAUAACUUUACAUAUCAGAGCUCAUUACAUGGUUUUAUUCAAACCAAACAGCUGUUGGCACUCUGACAUUGCUUAUUAUUUCCUACACAAAACCAGAUCCCAUCAAAUGUGAUGACUUGUAUAAUAGCAUUAAAGUGCAGAAGACAGCAUCAUAAAAUUUUAUCACUCUGUGUUUAAUGCUGAGGACUGAAGGAAUAGGAGAGAAGAAACCAGUCUGUAAAGUAAAAUCACAAGCAGGAGACCGUUAACAAAUAUUUGAAAAUGAUAUACAUUUGCAAUAAAAGUCUUGUCAACUAUCAGGAUAACUCAAAAAUAAAAUGUUGUUAAGAUGCUUUUAAGCUGACUGCCAAAUUAAUUAAAUGUACCCAUACUAAAUGCAAUGUACAUGUUGCAUUUGAGUGAAAGUUUGUAUAAAAUGAUUGCAUGGAAGUCAGACUGUGGUUCAUUGUGUGUUAUUUAAAUCCCAUUUGACUAAACUUUUUAAACUAAAAUUGUAUGCAUUUGGUGGUGUGUUCUUUAUACUCUGACAGUUUCCAUAAAAAUAGAUUAGAAAAAAUUGCCAUGAUUGCUAGAUUGUCAGUACACAGCCCUAUACUACAUAGAACUGUAAUUACAAACAACUUGCUGUCAUAUAAAAAUGUUACAUGUUCAAAAAAAUCUGAAUUUGAAUACUAAGUUAUAUUUUCUGUGCAUUCCUGAUAUUUCUGAUUGUCCGGUUGUAAUGCUCAUUAUCAGGGUUUUCAGGAAAUAGGGUGGCUUUGCACCCUACAGAUCAACCUGUUGCCAUAGUAAUGGAAGAAAUGCAUGUCUGCCUCACAACAGGGGAGACGGGAAGGGAAGAGUCCGGCAUUUCAUCCCAUGAUUAGCAUAUUAGCUCUUAGAGCCAAUGAGACGAGGCAAGGUACGGGAACUCUCCAAGGGGACUGGCUGUGACAAUAGCCCUCCUCCCUCUCUGUACACUCUUCCACCCCCUUUCAGGGGCAAAACCUCAGUAAUCCCGAAGGAAAUCUCCCCACAGUUAAAACUAAUUCCAGCUGGAGAACUUUUAGAAAAGGCCAUAAUGUGUGGAAUAUUAUGUUUGACUUGUAAGAGGUAGACUGUUGUUUUAGGGCAGUGUGAUGCUGGAUGCUCAGACUUCAGCGGCCUGCAUGUCUUUUUAUUUUGGCCCGUCUUUGAAGUGUCUGUGGAAUGUGGUGCCUGACCAGCACACGGCAACAAUCGGCCUCAUUUUGUUGUCCAAGCUGAGUUCCAGUCUAGUUGUAUUCUGGCUCUUCUGGAUAACUCUUUUCAACCUUAAAUCUGUUUUAACUUCUUCAUCCAGAUGUUUGGAAAAUGAAAAUGGUGGAUAUUGUAGCUCACAAAAUGCCCUCAGAGAAUGACGUGCAUGUGGCGAGAAGCUUUCUUACGAAGAUUUUGCGAAGUUCAAUGAGAAAGAACCGUUUUAAAGGACGGAACGAACCCAUAAGCAGGCCUCACUCCUGGCACUCAACCAAGUUCAACGAUAGCCAAUCGGAGACUGCCAAAACACAGUCCCCACCCACACCAGUCUGGCACACCAGAUAUGAUGCAAGCUCAUCCUCAGCUGAUCUCUCCACUGGCUGGGAGCAGACAAACCUGCGCAGAGUGUCUGACCAGUUCAGCUCUCAUGGCAGUAUGGACAGUCUAGAGCAUGUGUCACACCCUUACCCUGCUGGUCACCUGUCGCCUGCCAAGUCUAACAACAGUAUGGAGCACCUUGGAGGAGGGAAAAGAGACUCGGCAUACAGCUCCUUCUCCACCAGUUCUGGCACACCUGACUAUACACUCUCAAAGAGCAAUGCUGCUUCAACAGAGAAUGUGCUGUAUAAAGUCAAUCAAUGGGACGCAGGAGGAAAGCACAGCAACAACAGAAACAGCCAGAAUCUGAUGGAGGGAGUGAGACAAGAUGAGAGAGUGGCAUACUUUCAGAUGCCAGGCUGCGAUCAGACUGAAGACCAGGCUGGAUCCCGUCACUCCACUUCCAGUAGAUCCAGCUAUGGACCAGUUUGGCAUGUCCCUGAAAAAAAGAAAACUGCCUCCCCCUCCCCACCGCCCCCAGCUCCACCUGCACGCAGCGAUAGCUUCGCUGCCACAAAGGUACAUGAAAGAGGCCUCAUAAUAGCUCACCCCGAAGGACCUGAUCCACAUGGAAAGACCUCAACUGAAAACCGCCGCAGCUACAAUCUAUCCCCGAAAAACGACGACAGUUUCUACAGUUCUUCUGAUAAAUGUGUCCACAACCAGUUCAGUUCUAACAAGCAGCACUCCCUGUCCAGCAGCGAUGUUCGGCAAGGUCAGACUCACCAUCAGAGACACAGUGACAAAAGCACUUUCUAUUCACAGCCUUGGACAACAUCUGUACCAAAGCCACAGAAUGUAGGUGGCUACUAUUCUAGCAUGCAGGAACUGCCCACUAAUGGUUCUGCUCAACACUUUGGUCAGAACCAUAGAAGAAACUUGAGCACCUCCCUGUCUAUAACUGCAACCGAUCAAAACACUGACAGCGGACACAGCCGAUAUUACUGUGUCACAACGUGUCAGCCCGGACAGCAGCCAUUUUCUUCAAGCAAACCAGAUGACAGGAAAAGUGAUGUGGGACAGACUGGUACAGAGCGUAACUCUCUGAGUCCACAGACGGUCAGCAAAGUAAAGUAUAAUCUGGCCCAGCAACAGCACUCCUCACAAAGUAAAGACAGUAAUGGAUACAGUAAGCACCAAGUUACCACUGUAGUAGAAACCUGUGUACCUAAACAUGACGACAGAGGAAACCAGGGAGGGCACAACACACAAAGCGCAGAGUACAUGACUUAUCUUCCUGGUAGACAGUCAGAACAGCGGCGGUCUUUCCCACUGCAGCACAGGGAAUCGUCCCAAGACCCAAGACAUCAAGUAAACAGUAAGAUCUGCCCACAGGCAACCCCAAUUCUUCAUUCUCUGUCCAUAGAUGCCGCUGACACAAACUCUGAAGAGUCCCUUGAGAACAAGCAGGUGAGGCGCACUGAGCGCUUUGCCACUACAUUAAGGAAUGAAAUUCAGAUGAGAAGAGCCAAGUUGCAGAAAAGUAAAAGUGCAGCUGCCCUCCCUGAUACAGAAGGUGAGAAUGAAGAUGAUCACAAUGUGUGGAAAUCCACCGAAUGCACAACCCCGACCUCCGCUGAUGGCUCCUUCAGCACCACCUACAAGGAUCAUUUGAAGGAAGCACAAGCCAGGGUGCUAAAGGCUACCUCUUUCAGGAGAAAAGACCUGGAGCCUGUCUUACAUGAGCAUCAUUCUGCAGAGACUUCUUCUAACUAUACAUCCAUAACAAUGGUACGUAAAGACCCUCUGCCAACUGUCUCAGAGUCUGUAAGGAGUAAGUCGGGUCCAACCACCAGUCAGGUUACUCGCAUAGGCAGCCGAAAACGGUUCUCUACAGAAAAAAAGGUCAAAUCUUUCUCCGAGCCUGACAAAAUUCAUGAAGUUGGCAUGAAAGAGGAUAUUGCUCACAGUGAAAAUUUAGGCUCCUCACUAGACCAGCAGAUGCCCUCUGAAAGUGGCAAACCAGCGUUCCCCUGUUACAGUCCCCCCCAAAAUGACACCAAGAACCCCUCCGAAAACAAGGGCCAGGGUCUGGCAUUUACAAGGGAAAAUGAAGAUACAUUGACGGACAUCAAGAGUAGACCCGCUCCACCUACAGAGUAUCCUGAGAAGGUCCAAGGAGGCUCUACCUCUGCACAUAAGCAGUCUCUCCUUGAGCAUCAGAGGCUAGGCACCUUCGCUGAGUAUGAGGCCAGGUGGAAUAUACAAAAGAAAGCUCCAGAAACUAAAGCCUCAGGGCGAUACAGGUCAGCUGAUAACAUCCUGGAUCCAGGAACAGAUGAAAGAACAAAAACCACCUGUUACCACGAGAGAUCUCGGUCCUCUCCUUCUGCCGACAUUUAUGCACAGAAGUUUCCUGUUCCAGCAAGAAAGUCUGAGACAGAAUAUUCCCAGACGGAGAGCAGUAAACCUGCUGAACAGCUCAGUGCUGCCACAGGGUUCCCUGACAGAGGGCCUGCUGACUGUAAAGUAAGAGACAAGCCUGUGGAGUUUGAGCCUUACUCAGCGCCACCCCCUUCGCCCAUGACAGGAUCCAACCCCGACUGCAGACACAGAGCUGCCCCUUCCACUGUGAACCCUAGACCCACAUCUGUCUCCCACAGUCUCACAGACUCUGAGGACCACAGCCGUACCGAGCCACCGCCACCGCCACCGCCGCCCCCUGGACCGAGGAGGAAACCCUCAGUGCCCCCACCCAAAUGCCCAGAGAUCACCCCCUCUCUCUGUGACUCCCACGAGCCUUUCACUGGUUCCCAGAGCAAAGUCUUCACCCACAGUAAUCCUAACUCCGCCCCCCUCCCCACCCACUCUCCAAAGGGAGAUUCGGAGCAGGGCAAAGGACUCGUGGACAAAGGACAAGGGGCAGUGCAUCAGCUGGUGACAUCCAAUCCUCAGUCUGCCUCCUCUCCCCCGGCUUCCUCCCACAGACCUUCAGGGCUGAGCAGUAUGGAGGCGCAGCGCUCACCCUCUCCACAGUUUUCCCCGCAGAGACUCAGUGACAAGCCUCCAGUCUCCCUGCAGGAUGAAGACUCAAACAGGAUGGAGCAUGUGAUAGAAAAUCAAAAUACUGCAGUGAAGAAGGUACCCAUUAGGAUCGUCCACUCAGAGGGGGUCGCAGAGAAGGAGAAUUGUCCAUUUUUGCGGCACACUGACUCUCCUGCGGCUGAGGCUGAAGGCCCCACUAUACCCAGACUCGGCAGCCUGGGAGCUGCAGGGCAGGACUCGGUUUUCUGCGCCUUCACACGGCAGAAAGAUCCUGACAGUACAUCUGCCAGUCAGACACACCCAAAGCCCCAGAGAGACGCGUACAUGACCACCAUCAGCAGCAACAGCCAGUUUACAGACGAGUCCAACCAGACUCCUGUAACCUCAGGACUCACUGAGGAGGAUCAGAAGAGAGAGGAGCUGGCCAGGGACAUCAUGGGCAAGGACAAGUCACUCGCUGACAUUCUGGAUCAGAGCAAGAUGAAGACCACCAUGGAUCUGAUGGAGGGCAUCUUCCCUGAGGGGAACCAGCUGAUAGAGGGGGCUCAACAGCGCAGGAAGGCUUCUCCGAAACAAACAGCCCCUAGACCUACAGAGGAAAGGGAAAAGGAGGACAGUAUGGCUGCUGUCACCAUGGUGACAAGUGCUACAUAUUACAGCACAUCUGCUCCCAAGGCUGAGCUCCUUAUCAAGAUGAAGGACAUGCAGGAGCAGGAGGAAGACUCUGAAGACGAAUUGGACAUUGAUCUGGCAAACAAAAAGCAAGAGCUGAUUGACAGCCUCAGCAAGAAGCUUCAGGUGUUGCGGGAGGCACGGGAGAGUCUUCAGGAGGACAUCAUGGACAACAACGCACUGGGAGAUGAAGUGGAGGUCCAAGUCCAACAGGUCUGCAAACCCAAUGAGCUGGAUAAGUUCAGGAUGUUUGUCGGGGACCUGGAUAAGGUGGUUAGCCUGCUGCUGUCUUUGUCGGGCCGUCUGGCUCGAGUGGAAAACGCCCUCAACAGUCAGGAGGAGGACACUACACCUGAGGAGAGGCGUACAUUGAUUGAGAAGAGGAAGUUGUUGAUUCGACAGCAUGAGGAUGCCAAGGAGCUCAAGGAGAACCUGGACCGUAGGGAGCGUGUGGUUUAUGACAUUCUGGCCAACUAUCUGCCAGAAGACAGCCUUACAGACUACGAGCACUUUGUCAAGAUGAAGUCUGCGCUCAUCAUCGAGCAGCGCAAGCUUGAGGACAAAAUUAAACUGGGCGAGGAGCAACUCAAGUGUCUGAUGGACAGUCUGCCGAUAGAACAGAGGCUGUCAUUGUAAAGACGGGGGAGUUUUUUUUGUCUUUGAAAUAGGUCGAUCUCUGAAAAACAUAAAGACUGGUUUUGUUGAUCUGAACUGCAGUUGAUCCCUGCGUCCAGCAGAGGGAGACAAAGAUGAGAAUCUAUUUGCAGCAAUAGACACUGUUGUGUUUCCUAUCCUUUUUCUCGUCAGUGUCUCGCACAUAUACUUCUGCAGUGAAUCAUGUCCUACACUUCACAUCCUCUGAAGUUGACUGCCAUAUCCCAUUUGGAUCUUAGAGUUAACUCCUUUGUGAAAGAUGCUGCUUUUCCAGGCAUCAACAGCUGUAUCUAAUGUUUUU